CCGCCGCCGCCGAAUCCCCAACAAGGAGCGGAGCCCGCGGCCGCCGCCGCCGCCCCCGCCGCCGGCCUCCGCCGCCCCCCGCCCGCCGGCGCCCGCGCAGGCCCAGCCGCGGCCCAGGACUGGCCCGAGAGCCCCGCCGAGCCAUGGCGACCCCCGACGUCAGCAUGCACAUGGAGGAGGUGGUGGUGGUGACGACGCCCGACACGGCGGUGGACGGCAGCGGCAUGGAGGAGGUCAAGACGGUGCUGGUGACGACCAACCUGGCUGCUCACGGGGGCGACCUGAGCGAGGACAACAUGGAGACGGAGAACGCGGCGGCUGCAGCUGCAGCCGCCUUCACAGCGUCCUCGCAGCUCAAGGAGGCCGUGCUAGUGAAGGUGACUGAGGAGGGGGAGAGCCUGGAGGCCGAGAUCUUGUACCCCAUCACCUGUGGGGACAGCAGAGCCAACCUGAUCUGGAGGAAGUUUGUGUGCCCCGGCAUCAACGUGAAGUGUGUGCAGUACGACGAGCACGUCAUCAGCCCCAAGGAGUUCGUGCACCUGGCCGGCAAGUCCACCCUGAAGGACUGGAAGAGGGCCAUCCGGAUGAACGGCAUCAUGCUCAGGAAGAUCAUGGACUCCGGGGAGCUGGACUUCUACCAGCACGACAAGGUCUGCUCCAACACCUGCCGCAGCACCAAGAUCGACCUGUCGGGCGCCCGCGUGCCCCUGAGCAGCCCCACGUCGGCCGAGUACCUCCCGCUCACGCCCGCUGCGGCCGACGUGAACGGGUCUCCCGCCACCAUCACCAUAGAGACCUGCGAGGACCCCGGCGACUGGACCACGGCCAUCGGAGACGACACGUUCGCCUUCUGGCGGGGGCUCAAGGACGCCGGGCUGCUGGACGAGGUCAUCCAGGAGUUCCACCAGGAGAUGGCAGAGACCAUGAGGGGCCUGCAGCAGCGGGUGCAGGACCCGCCCCUGCAGCUCCGAGACGCCGUGCUGCUGAACAACAUCGUGCAGAACUUCGGCAUGCUGGACCUGGUGAAGAAGGUGCUGGCCAGCCACAAGUGCCAGAUGGACCGCUCGCGGGAACAGUACGCCCGCGACCUGGCCGCCCUGGAGCAGCAGUGUGACGAGCACCGCCGGCGGGCCAAGGAGCUCAAGCACAAGUCCCAGCACCUCAGCAACGUGCUCAUGACGCUGACGCCUGUGGCCCUGCCGCCCCCCGCCAAGCGGCCGCGGCUCGCCAGGGCCGCCUCCGGGCCGGCCGCCAUUGCCUCGCAGGUGCUCGCCCAGUCCGCCCAGAUCGCCCUCAGCCCCGGCGUGCCCGUCUCCCAGCUGACCAGCGUGCCGCUUGGCAAGGUGGUGUCCGCCCUGCCCGCCCCCACGCUGGCCAAGAGCUGCCCCCAGGUGGCCCCUGCCAGCUCCCCCGCCUCGCCGCUGCUCGGGGGCUACACGGUGCUGGCCUCCUCGGGCACCUCCUUCCCCGGCACGGUGGAGAUCCACCCGGACGCGUCCAGCCUCACGGUCCUGAGCACGGCCGCCGUGCAGGACGGCAGCACGGUGGUCAAGGUGGUCAGCCCCCUGCAGCUGCUCACCCUGCCCGGCCUGGGCCCCGCCCUGCAGAACGUGGCCCAGGUGUCCCCUGGGGGGAGCACCAUCGUGACAGUGCCCACGGGGGCCGUGGAGAGUGCUGUGGUGGCCUCGGGACCGGAGGAGCACACGGCCACCAUCGAGGUGGCCACCGUGGCCGAGGGCCAGGAGCACAAGUAGCCGCUGCCGGAGGCGAGGCCCUGCGCGGGCAGGGGCCGGGCCCGUCCUCGGGGCGCGGUGAGUCCCGUGGGGCUGCCGAACCAAAGAGAGGAGAAGCCCGAAGGGGCGCGAGGAGGGAGAGGGACCGCGGCAGCAGCGGCCCGGGACGCCCACCGGGCGCCACGCUCCGAACCUCCUCCCUGUUUUCUCGGGAAACGUAUUUUUCCAUCUGUUGCUUACGAACACUGUUUACACACCGGCCCGGCCAGGAGCCAGACGGGAGGGCGCGGCCCUCGCGGCCGGGGCACGUCACUAGCACAUGUCUUGGGGACCGACCCCGAGGGUGGAAAGCCGUGGAUCCUAUGGAUUUGGUUUCUUCCCACAGUUUUCUGUAGGUUUAGUGCGGCUGGCACUCUGCACCGGCCCCGGCGCAGGUGCGGGCGGCAUGUCGGGUUGGCGUGGGCUCGGGCCCGGGGCCCGUCCCGGGGUCUGGGGUGCGGGCCUGGGCGAACCCGCCUGCGUGGAGGGGCAGGGGCCCCCCUGCACACGAGCUCCCCCGAGCCCACCUGCCUGCGGCCGCCCGGCGCUCAGGGGCCACCCCCGCGCACCGCGGGGCCUUCCCAUGAGUCCUUUAGCCGGCUUCUAGGAAGAGUCAGAUUUAUAGCGUUUUCAACCCAAACCAUGCUGAGUGCCUAGGCUUCCGGAAUCCGCCCUGGAUUCCAGAGGGUUUUGUACAAAGCGGCUGUUGGGACGGCCUGUGUGAAGGUGACCACGUGCCGGAGGGCCGGCACUCGGGUCCCGGGGUGGGGCUGCCGGC